UCAAAAGUUGUGGCGAAGUUUGUGGGUUCGGGGCAGAGGCUGGAGAUAUCCCUUUGGAGGGUUCUCCGGGAAAGGGGGGAGGAUGGCAAAGUGCGGCUGCCUGUGGAUUGUUCUUUUCUACCUGUCUUACCUGCUGCUGGGGGCAGUGAUCGUGUCCCUGAUAGAGCGACCUUACGAACGCAGUCUCCGGAACCAAUUGCGUUCCUUGAAGUCCGGGCUCCUCAACGAUACUCCUUGCCUGGCUGAGUCCGACCUGGACGACUUUCUAGAGCGGGCACUGGAGGCGCAUCGGUACGGUGUCUCGGUCCUCACCAACAGCUCACAGACCAACUGGGACUUCGCCUCUGCUUUCUUCUUUGUCAGCACCUUGGUCACCACAGUGGGUUAUGGCCACACGACCCCAAUCUCUGACGGGGGAAAGGGCUUCUCCAUCUUCUUCGCUGCCCUGGGGCUCCCCUUCACCAUGCUGCUUCUCGCUGUGCUGGUGCAGAGGCUGAUGAUCUACCUGACCGAUCGGCCCAUCCAGGCGGUCCAGGAGAGGUUAGGCUACUCGAAACGGCGGGUGACCCAGGUGCACUGCCUCGUGAUGUUCCUGUUCACCGUCAUCGGCUUCUUCCUCAUCCCCGCCGCCAUCUUCAGCGCCAUCGAGAAGGAUUGGACCUACCUCAAUGCCUUCUAUUUCUGCUUCAUCUCCCUCAGCACCAUCGGCCUGGGGGACUAUGUUCCUGGAGACCUAGACAACCAGAUCCUGCAGCCACUUUACAAGAUAUCAGUCACCUUUUACCUCCUGUGUGGCCUCACAGUGAUGCUUCUUCUCAUCCAGACUUCCCAGAAGGCAAUGGGACUGCACUUCCUGACCCAGAUCUUCGACCUCCCCCUGGCUGAAGACGAUGAAGAGGGGGAUGAGGAGCUUGUCCUACAUUCAACGGGCACCCACCCCUCCCUCCAGCUCAAUGGGCUGAAAGCUGACACCCGACCUCUCGCUCACUCUGAACCCCCUUCCUACAAUUCCAUUUUGCCUUCCAGCGAUCAGCGAGAGAGCCAGAGACUGGAGCCUCUCCCUAACAGUGGCGGAAUGCCGAAAUGUGGUUGACAUGGUGACCGGGUGGGAAUGGGUUAAUGGUCAGAAGUGGAGGCUCGUGCCCUUAUCUCUUGAGGCUGAGUCAAUAUUGGGUUGGCCAACAACAGGACUUGGCACCCCCCAGGGCUCUUGCGUCUCCAUUUUGGCUCCCCCCCCCCACCCCGGGCUUGCUGGCGCGGCCUUCUAUCUGGACCCCUGGCAGGCAUGGGGUGGGGGGGAGUGGAGCAACCCUCACUUUGCCAUCCUGCCCAGUUGGCAUCUCAGAUCAGAACCCCACUCCCACCCUCCCUGUCACCACCCUCCUCCCCAUCAAACCAUGCCAGUGAAAAGUGAGGUCUGCAGAUGCUGGAGA